UACACUCUCCCAGGCAAGCUCAGCACCAUCAGCACUCUGGAGGCCAAUCUGCAGCCUGGGGCUCAGCUGCCACUGCAGUGUGACAUGAGAGUCCCCGUCCCUGAGCCCAGGCAGCUGCAUUGCUAGCAGCCCAGAGCCCAGCCUGGCCAGCCCACAGCUCCCUGCCACUGACACCCGCAGCAAGAGCCGUGCCAAUGGGCAACCUCCUCAACGGGGUCAGCUUCAAGGAGCCCACCACAGUUGAGGACUGCGAUUCCACCUGGGAGACGGACUCCGGGGGGGAGGAAGAGGAGGAAGCCGAGCACGGAGAGCGAGCAGACGGCAAGCAGGAGGAGAAGGCGGAGAGCGGCGGUGCGGAUAGUGCAGCUGAGGAGGGCACCGGGGAGCUGUCCGGCGGGGCAGACGGGAAAGCUGGCCAAACGAGAGAGGGUACAGCGAGCCCAUUGGCAGAGCAGAACGACAGCAACACAGCUGAACCGAACAUCAAACCAAAGAGGAGUUUUUAUGCAGCAAGAGAUCUUUACAAAUAUCGGCACCAAUACCCACAGAAUUUCAAAGAUCUUCGUUCUCAAAAUGAUCUGUGCAAUCUCAGAUUUUACAUGAACAAGAUCCCUUUUAAGCCUGAUGGUGUUUAUGUUGAAGACAUUUUAAAUAAGUGGAAAACAGACUACGAAAGACUUGAACAUAAUCAUACCUACAUACAGUGGCUAUUCCCCCUGAGAGAACAAGGGUUAAAUUUUUAUGCUAAAGAACUGACCUCAUAUGAAAUUGAGGAAUUCAAAAAGACCAAGGAAGCCGUAAAAAGAUUCAUUUUGGCUUACAAGAUAAUGUUGGAUUUCUUUGGUUUAAAAUUGAUGGACAAGAAUGGAAAUGUCUCACGAGCAGCAAACUGGCAAGAGCGAUUUCAGCAUUUGAAUGAGUCUCAGCACAAUUACUUGAGAAUUACCCGCAUAUUAAAAAGUCUUGGGGAGCUUGGCUACGAGAACUUUAAGUUUCCUCUUGUGAAACUCUUCCUUCAUGAGUCAAUUGUUGAAAACACAAUCCCAAACAUGAAACAAAGCGCUCUGGAAUACUUUGUACAUACAAUAAAGGAGAGAAGGCAGAGGAGGAGACUUUUGCGUUUUGCUUAUCGCCAUUACAAACCUCCUGAACACUUUAUUUGGGGUCCUCCGAGAAGACAGAAAUUUAACGAAUACAAAGUAAUUAAAAAAUCAACACCUCCAACGAGAUCUCAGAAAAAGCCUCUCCAAAAAUCAAAAGAUACAGAGAGUUUGUGUGAACCUGAAAUUUCAGUACUGACUGACUCAAAAACUGAAGUACUAGCUAAACAAUCAACUGAAAAUAACUUUGUCGAAGAAGCAGUAAAAAUCAGUGAAGAAGCAACGGAAAGUGAAAAUGGUUCAAAGGAACAUUAUGACAAUGAAGAAACAACUGUCACAUCUCAUGAGAAUGAAUUGGAGAGACAGGAUGCUGUUACUAACAACACUAUGACAUGUGAUAUACAUGAUGUUGUUAUAGUGGACUCAACAGAUGUGGAAAGCAAGGACUGCUUAUGUAGCCUUUCACCUGCUAAUCCUAACACAGUUGAGCUGACAGUACCUGCAGGAGAAAAUCUAGAACCUACACUUGAGAGAAAAGAUGAGGCAAAGUAGAAAGACUAGAUGCUAGAUUAUUUUUUUUUU